GUGUAAAAUUUAGUUGUGUGCCAUUAAGUGUUAUUUAAUAGAAAACAAGUAUUAAUGUGUGUAUGUAACAAUUAAGUGCUUAUUUUAAACAGCAGCAUUGUUUGCGUUUGUUUUCACACCCCUUCCCCCACACUGCUCUGUGUUUUCUUUUGCUACGAGCUGGCCAUAAAUAGAUAUUCUUGGCAUUUGUCUAUUAUAUAUAUGUAUAUACUACAUAUGUGUGCGUGUGUGCGUAUAUACUUAAGUGUGUAUUAACAAAUGUAUAUUAAGUGAAAAGCGCGUGCUUAGAAAGCGGGGGCGCGGGACUCGAACACAUUACUCACUGCAGCAGCAACAACAACAUAAACAACAAACGAAACUAAACGACAACAACAGCGAGCAGCGGCGCAACAAAUGUUUGUUAAAACGCAACAAAGUUGAAGUUGAAACAAACUACAAGAUGGAGCAACCAUUGAUAGUGCGGGCCGAGUACUCCUUUGUGGGCAGCAACAAUGAUGAGUUGUGCUUUAAGAAGGGUGAGAUUAUAACGGUAACACAGCGCGAGGAUGGCGGCUGGUGGGAGGGCACACUAAACGAUAAGACUGGCUGGUUUCCCAGCAACUAUGUGAACGAGUACAAGGCGCAGCUGCCGCUAACAGAGACCAUACGACCGCCCGAGGAGAUACAAGAAUAUAGAUCUGUGGUGCUCAAGGAUUUGCUCGACUCGGAGCGCGCACAUGUGGCCGAACUGCAAGGCUUGCUGGAGAAUUUCCUGGAGCCCAUGCAGCAAACGCAAAUACUCAGUCAGGAUGAGUAUGCGCAGCUAAUGUGCAACUUUGUUGAGGUGGUGCGCACGCAUGAGGAGCUGCUUAUACAAAUUGAGGAAUGCAAUGAUCGAGUGGGCAAACUAUUUCUAAGCAGUGCGCCGCUUAUGAAAAAAGUUCAUCAGGCCUAUUGUGCGGCACAUCCAAAGGCCAUAGUUAUACUGGAUAAGUACAAGGACGAGCUGGAAAAGUAUAUGGAGCGUCAGGGCGCCGCCACGCCUGGUCUGCUAGUGCUGACGACAGGACUAUCGAAGCCAUUUCGCCGCCUGGACAAAUACUCUGCCAUGCUGCAGGAGCUGGAGCGUCAUAUGGAGAGCAGUCAUCCGGAUCGUGGCGAUACGCAGCGCAGCGUUGCAGUUUACAAGGACAUAGCGGCAACCUGUUCGGCAACGCGACGGCAAAAGGAACUGGAGCUGCAAGUGUUGACCGGACCGGUGCGCAAUUGGCAGGGACAGGAGCUGAGCACGCUGGGCGAUAUUAUACACAUGGGCAGCGUCGCUGUGGGCGCCGAUCAUCGUGAUCGUUACUUUGUGCUCUUUCCACAAACGCUGCUUAUACUAAGCGUUAGCCAGCGCAUGAGCGCGUUUAUCUAUGAGGGCAAACUUCCUUUGACGGGCAUUGUGGUGCAUCGCUUGGAGGAUACGGAUCAAAUCAAAAACGCUUUUGAAAUCAGCAGUCCAUUGAUUGAGCGCAUCGUGGCCGUUUGUCAGGGUCCCAAUGAGGCCAACAAGUGGGUGGAGCUGCUGAAUGCCAACAAUCCCAGUCUGCCCAUGGGCAUUAAGCGACAGCUGAGCAAUCUGAGCAACUCAUCGCUGGGGAAUCAACUGAAUGCAGCGCAUCUCAGCCAGCAUUUGGACGCGCGCGGUUACUGCACGCGAUUCUCGCUCUGCGCCUACUACGCGCAGCCGGCGACGCCGCACUACGAGCGUCCGCUGCGUCUAACGCUGCCCCCGAGUAAUUAUCCGCCCACAGCGCCAUAUGCGAAUCUCAGUGCGCACUUCUCGCGUCUGGUGCGGCAUGGCAGACUGCGCAGUGCGAUUGUGAAGCUGCUGCUGUAUCCACAGGCGCGACAGAGCAUUGAUCUCAAGCGCAUAGCGCUGCGUAAGAAGCGUUGCCACAAGGCGGCAGCAAAGCUGCUGAAGGAUUUCAAUGACAAUGUGGAGUCGACGCAGUCAUCGCUGGAGCGACAAGAUGCAUUCGAGCUGCCCACAGACUCGGAAAGCUAUGAGGAUGACGAGUUGCUGCACAGCUGCAGCUCAGAUCCGUUUGAGUAUGUCAAAUUCUAUGAGCAGAGCUGCAAUUCAACGGGCACAUUUGUGGAUUAUGGUCAAGCCAAGCCGCGUUUGAGCAGCAGCAUUAAUUUGAUUAAGCUGGAUUCGGUGGAGGAGCCGCAGCUAAAGAAGGAAUCGCUGGUCAUAGGCUCCAGAGCGUUGAGAGCGCUGGCGCGCAAGUCCACUGAGCGUUUAUCCAGUGUGCAUACAUCGACGGCGACUAUAGAGCUGGGCGGCGCAAGCAUAACCAACUGCAUAGAAGAGGAGGAGCAGCUGGAGCAGCAAGUGGCGCCAGCGCUGCAGCAACAAGCAUCAGAUGCAAGUUCGCUUUACGCUGCGCGACUGGGCGGCACUUUUAACGCUUGCGAGAACUUGGCCAUAAUAAAAGAUGAAACACAGCCGGCGGCUAAGCCUGUGCCCAGCUCACCCACCGAGCGCCACAGCAUGCCAAGCAUAUUUGUGGGCAAUCGCUUCAAUAGCAGCGCCGAUACGCAAGUCUAUGUGCCCAGUCGACGUGAGCGGCAGCUGCAGCAGCAGCAGCAAAGUCUCGAUGCGGAGGAGCAGGUUCAACAAGAGCAGCAGCAGCUGCAUGCGAGCUCCUUGGACUUGCCCGCUGCCUGUCGCUCUGCGCCGGAUCAGCUGCAAGCGGAGCUGCUUUAUAACUAUGAUGGCAACUUGCUGGCCAAGCCGCCAGCCUGCAGCUCAGCACAGGAGCACAGCACACGCGAUUCCAUGCGUCGCUGCAUUAGCUAUCAGUAUCUGCAAAUGAAUCAGAGCCAAGCGCCCAGCUCAGCGCCGCCCAAAGGCGCUGCGCACGAUCCAUGCAAAUGUCGCUGCUGCGAAAGCUCGCAAUGUCCCAGUCCGCGCUCCAGUGAUAGCGGCAUGGCUGGCAGCUGCACCAUCGCCUCACCGGAUCCGCCUAGCGUGGAUACUUUAGAUGCAGCGCAUGCGCUGCUGGAGCAAGUGCAGCCAGAGCGACGCUUUGAUGUUUGCGGCAUGUUUCGCGAGCAGUUCCUAGAGCAGCAGCAGCAGCAGCAGCUGGAGCAGCAACAACCCGAGCCUGCGCCUACGUCCGCAUCCAAGCCAGAAUUCCAAAUCAAUACCAAAAGUAUUUUUCUAAGCGCCAGCUCGCUGGAUGAACCCGGUGCUGCCGCCGCACAGAGCCCACGCCAGAGCAGCAGCUCAGCGGAGCAGCUGGAGCCACCUGUGGCCAUGUUCCGCUCCGGCAUGUAUGCCCAUUGGUGGAAGAAGGAGCGUUUACCACCGGAAGUGCUCCGUGGCAUUGCCGCCGCUUAUAACAAACGCUUGGAUUCCAAGGACUCUGUUGAUUCCUCUGUCUGCAGCAGCUGCUAUUGCUCUUUGGGGGCCAGCAGCUUUAGCGAGGGCACACUGUACUGCGCCAUUUGUCACAACUGCGCGGACUAUGCACCGCCCGCUGGGACCAGCACCACCAAUACCAACACCACCACCACCAGCAAUGGCAACAGCAACGACACUCGUCCCACCUCCAGCUGCUCCAAUUGUCCCGUUUGCAGCGAGGAUGCGCCCGCACAGCUGCCCGCUGCGCGCUUAUCCUACGCCUCGCUGCUCGAUUGUCCGAUUUGUGCGGCUCGCGUUGCUUUAGCCACCGAAGAAGAUGUCUCCGCCAUCGAGCCACAGUCUUAUGCUUCCCAACAGUCGCAAUCAGACGCCGCCAGUGCCACCAGCGUCAGCAACCAGCAACAACGGCAACAAUCAGUCACAACACAAACGGAGCCUCUCGUUCAAUCAUCACCUCAGCUACAAUCAGUACACGCACACUCAGCCUCUACCACAUCAUCUGCAUCCACCACAACCACCAAGUCUACCAAGUCAUCUGGGGGCAAGCCACAAAUCAAAUUUAGUCCCGACACCAAACAACAAGACAGCGGCAGCGGCGGCGGCGGCGGCAGCCACGGAAAGCCAACAAUUGGCUCUGCAAGCAGCGGCGGCAGCGGCAGCAGCAGCGGGGGCAGUGGUGGCGCCAAACGCAAGGAAAGGAAGCACAAAAGCUAACUGGACCAUCAGCUGUUUGCGUCCCACGCCGCCUUUGCGUCCCAGUUUGUUAAAUGCCAGCAGCGGCUCCAACUCAACGUCAG